AUGCAGUUGAUUCGUCACGUCGAGAAGCACGAGGACUUCUUCCUCCCCAGCCCAGACGACGUUGCCUGGGACCUUUUCGAAAAGUACCACGAGAAAGAAAACGCCUCCGUCUUUUCCGAGGUCGAGGUAGUCUACCCAGCGACCGAGAUACAGAGAGAUAUCCUCCACGAGGACGUCCAAUGGGCCGAGGUCGAGCUCUUCUCGGGCAAGCCGGCCUCCUUCGGCCUGGAGAGCGUCUUCAACGCCUGGAGCUCUCUGGCCUCGCACCACAUCUGUCUUCGUUCCUACAUCACCACCAACCACGAGACGGGACAGCCGCAGGUGGUUGUUCUCCGCCGCAUCGAAGACAUCCGAUGGCACAACCCAGACAAGAAGAACGCCAACAACGCACCGCACGAAAGCCCGGCGUACGUGACCGUCGAAGGCACCCGCCGCGUCAACGGCGGGGUGAGCCUGGUGCUGCACUUCCACCGGGCCCUGAUCGACACGACCUCGUUACACAUGAUUAAGCUCGACUUCGCGCUGCAAGUCCACGGCCUGCCGAGCAUCGAGAGCGCCGGCUUCGCCACGUACACGCGGUACCUCGACCAGCAGAGGCGGCACGCCGAGGCCGCGAAGCUCUUCUGGUCCGAGACGCUCGCCGACGCCGUCCCACGUCCCGUCUUCGGCCUCGACGCCCGGUCGUCCGCCGGCGGCACCACCACCACAACGCGGGACAGGCACGGGGUCAGCGCCGUCAUCAGCGGACGGGACCUCGCCCGGCUCAACGACUUGGAGGCGUCGCUGCACGGUCUGGCGUCGUGGCGGCAGACCUUCUUCGAGGUCGUCUGGGCCCACGUCCUCGGCGCGCAUACCGGCGGCGGUGUCGACGAGGUCGUCUUCGGCACCGUUCGCCGGGACGAGAACUUUGUCGGCUCCAGCAGCUGCGUCGGCUGCGUCGACCAGACGUAUCCUGUCCGGUUCCGUCUGGGCGCCUCCGAAGACCGCCGGACGGACGGGACUCGGACCCGGAACACCACCGUCCAAGACGCCGCCAGGGCCCUGGACGUCUAUCACAGCCAGGCCGGCCGCCACGCCUUUGUCGGGCUCAACGAGAUCAGGCGGCGCUCCCGGCACGGCCACGCCAUUGAGACGGCCGUCAGCUACAGCCAGACGACCAACGCGCCGUGCAUCGCCCCGGGGCUGAGGUCGUUCCCCGUCGUGCUGUGCAUCAGCGACGCCGGCGUGCUAAGGGUGACGCUCAAGUGCGAGUCGUACAUCCCGCUGGACGAGAUCGAGGUCGUCCUGCAGCACUUUGUCGCCGGCAUCCUCAACGCGUCCUCGGGGAUGAGCCUCGCCAAAGACUACAGCCUGUCGGAUAUAGACCUCGUCUCGGAAGACGAGAAGCACGCCCUCUUAUCAAAGUCGGUGUCCCGUCGCACGGCCAAGGCCACGACGAUCCCUACCUUGUUCGAGAAGACCGCGGCCCUGCAUCCCUCGCGGGUGGCGGUCGACUUCGAAGGAAAAGUCUCACUCACCUUCUCCCAGCUCAACAGCCAGGCCAACAUGCUCGCGAGGCGACUGAAGCUUGACAAGGGGUCACUGGUGCCGAUUCUCUCGGAACGAUCCCCCUUUCUCGUCGUGGCGAUCCUAGCCGUCCUCAAGUCUGGUGCUGUCUACACGGUCCUCGACCCUGACACGCCCGUCAGCCGCUUGGAGCAGAUCGUUGACGACUGCAAGCCCGCUGCCAUCUUGGCCAGCCGCCGGUAUAUCAACGUCUUGACCGGUGCCACCGACAUUGAGCAGCUUCUUUCUUUGGGAUCUGACGCGUCUGCUCCGUCUCCAGGAGAGAUCGACGACAACCUUGACGUAGACAUCGACCCCGAAGACCUCUGCUACAUCAUCUACACCUCUGGCAGCACGGGGAAGCCCAAGGGCGCCAUGCUCACCCACCGCGCCGCCACCAGCGGCAUGGCGCAUCACUCCCUCAACGGACUCGACCGCUGGCUUCUGUUCUACAACCCCAGCUUCAGCGCUGCCCAGCGGACCAUCCUGGGAACCCUGGUCCACGGGGGCACUCUGGUGUUGGCAAGCAAGGAGUCGUUGACCAGCGACCUCGUCGGCGUCAUCAACACGCUCUCGGUCGACUCGCUCGGCAUCACCCCCUCGGCCCUGUCGCUGCUGAAGCCUCACGAGGUGCCGGGCCUCAAGCAGAUCACGCUCGUCGGCGAGCAGAUCCCCCAGGACCUGGUCGAGACCUGGUCGGCACUCGAGGGGAAGAACCUUCGCUUGAGGAACACGUACGGGCUGAGCGAGUGUACCCAGCUCAAUUUUGGGCGAGAGCUCCGCCACGCGCAGUCGGGAGGAGGAGGAGGAGGAGGCGCCGCCGUCGUUGUCAACCCCCGCGUAGUCGGCUCCCCCGCCGACACGACGGACGCCUUCAUCCUCCGGCUGGGCACGACGGAACUCGCGCCGCUCCUUGUCCCCGGGGAGCUCUGCCUGGCCGGCCCGCAGCUCGCCGAGGGUUACAUCAACGAGCCGGCGCUGACGGCACGCGCCUUCAUCGACAACCCCUUCGGGCCGGGCAAGCUGUACCGCACGGGAGACAUGGCUCGCCGGCUUGCGGAUGGGCAGAUCGAGAUCCUUGGGCGCGUCGACAUGCAGGUCAAGAUCAACGGGCAGAAGGUCGAACCCGCCGAGGUGGACCGGUUGCUGCGCGGAGUCGUCGGUGUCUUUGACGCGUCCGUCACUCUCGCCGCCGAACUAGGACCGGAGGACCGGACCGUCCUGGCCGCCGGUGUCGUUCUCGCCCGUGACGUAUCCUUCCGGGAUGCAGUCAUCACCGCCCGGGAACACCUCCGAGAGCGUCUGCCCGUGUACAUGGUGCCCGUGAUAUGGCUGCCGCUGGAGGAGAUCCCCAAGAACGCCAACGGCAAGAUCAACUACGCCCAUCUACGCGAGCUGGUCAAGGAACUGGGAACUGUCGGGUUCACCAAGCUCAUGGACGCCGCCGGCGAUGCCACACCCGGCGCGAACGAGGUCUUGGACGAGAUAGAAACCGCCAUUGCAGCGGCCUGGUCAGCCAUUCUCAGGGUCGACUCGUCCAUCAUCCACAAAUCACAUUCGUUCACGCACCUUGGCGGAACCUCGAUCCAGGCGAUCCAGGUCAUCUCCCACCUUCGCGUGGUCGGGUUCUCGGUGGAACUGAGCGACCUAUUGGACGAGAACACACUCGAGGCGGUUGCUUCUCGGUCCGUGGUCUUCAACGCCGAGACGCAGCACGACCCAGAGCCUUUCUCCCUCGUUGCUGACGCCGCGUUCGCCUCCGAGCUGCAGCGUGACGGAGGCAUCGUCGACGCCUACCCCGUCACCCCCUUCCAGGAGACCAUGCUGGCAUCGUUGGGCGACUCACCGGAUCCGUACACUUAUUCCCGCGCAUGGGAUGUCGGGCAUGUCAACCUCGAACUACUGAGGCAGAGUUUCGAGCAAGUUGUCAGUCGUCGAGAGCUUCUACGAACUGUUUUCGUCCCUCACAAGCGAUCGUUCGUCCAGGUCGUUCAUGAACACAUCGCCCUUCCCUGGCACCACGCGGUCUCGGACUCUCUGGAAACUUUCCUGUCCCAGGAGAAGGCCAAGACCCAGCAGUGGGAACUGGACCGUCCGCUGUGGAAAGUCACAGUCGUGGCUGACCACGUCUUGGUCGUGACGAUGCACCACUCGCUCUUCGACUUCUGGUCUCACCGGUUCCUCUACGACGACGUGGCGGCAGUCUACUCGGGCAAGGCUGUUCCCCCAAGGCCGAGGUUCAGCAACUUUGUGAGACAUCUCUUGGACCAAGACGCCAGCAGCAGUGACGCCUUCUGGUCAACUUACCUCGAGGGGGCCGAUCUGGUGAGACUGAACCACAGCCCGCUCGACCAGACCUAUAAGGCCGAGGCCAGCCUGGACUUCAGCCUCAGCAAGCGUGCCGGCGGCGUCGGUCUCACGCUGGGCUCCAUCGUCUACGGCGCGUGGGCGAUUCUGCUCUCACAUCACUUGAGCAGUGGAGAUGUCACCUUUGCCACGACCAUCUCCGGGAGAGAGGCUCCCGUGUCCCUGGUCCACGAUAUCGACGGCCCUACCAUGACCACGGUGCCUCAGCGCGUCCAGAUCGAGCCCGACGCCACCCUCAGGGACAUCGCCAGGAGUACGCUGUCCGGCUUCACCCGGCUCCUCAAGCACUCCCAGGUCGGGAUGCUCGGGGCUCUCCGUGCCGCCGGAAACCUCUCUCACACGACCAUCGACACGCUCGUCAACAUCUUGGUCAAGAACGACGACAACGAGGGCGAAGAUGCAGACGACGGCACCAAGAACAGUCGGGACGUCUUCCGGAUGCAUGGCAAUCGCCCCCAGUGGUCUUCCGGCUCCGACACGACCGUUCUCGAAGUCGAGGACGCCGGAGACGCUACCGUCGUCCGUCUCGUCAGCACCAUGGAGCCUCGCCGCCUGGACUUCAUCAAAGACUCGUUCCUGAGGCUCGUUACCUUGCUUCUCGAACAACCCGAGACGAAGCUCGCGUCGACGACCAUCACCGACGCCGCCGAGCAUGACUUCGUCUACAACACGCUGGCCAACCGCCACACUCUGCACGUCCCCGAAGCGGACUUCCUCCACGCCGCCUUCGAGCGCAUCGCCCGCGACGCGCCGGAGACGGCAGCCAUCGACUUCAACGGCGAGGAGGUCGUCUCGUACGGCGCCCUGGACAGGCUGGCGAACCGCUUCGCACACGUGCUGCUCGGCCGCGGCGUUCGCCCGGGAGACCUGGUGCCCCUCAUGCUCGACAAGUCGGUCGACAUGAUGGUCGCCAUCCUGGGCGUCAUGAAGGCCGGGGCCGCGUACGUGCCCCUCAGCCCGGACAACCCCAGCGAGAGGAACGCGUUCGUCGUGGCCGACACCAAGGCGAGGCUUCUGGUGGCGCACCCGCGGCAUGCCGACUUUGGCUUACACGUCCGAGACCUCCACGGCGUCGAGACUCUGAUCAUGCCGGGCCACAACGAGAUGAUAUCAGCGUCCACGAGAGACGGUCAUGAUGACUCGGACGCGGCGCCGGUCCUCGUCGGCGGCGGCAGCGAGGAGCAAGAGCAGGAGAUGAUAACGCCAGACGCCCUCGCCUACCUGAUCUACACAUCCGGCAGCACCGGCAUGCCCAAGGGCGUCAAGGUCCCGCACAGAGCGGCGGCGGCGGCGGUGACGAGCAUGGCGCAGGUCGAGGGCCGGCACCGCGGCACCUGGCGCACGCUGCAGUUCGCCAACUACGUCUUCGACGCCUCGGUGCAGGACUUCUUCAACACGCUCAGCACGGGCGGCACGCUCUGCAUGGCCCCGACGGAGACGCUGCUGUCCGACAUCGCCGGCUGCAUCAACCGCAUGGACGCCCGGCAGGCCAUCAUCACCCCUACCGUGGCCAAGCUCUUCGGCCCCGCCGACGUGCCGGGCUUCGAGACCCUCAUCGUCGGCGGAGAGCCCCUGACUCCGGAUGUCGUCGAGGCCUGGGGCCCUCACUGCCAGAUCCUCAACGUCUACGGGCCCACCGAGACCUCCAUGGUGGUGACGACGAAGGACGUCGAGUGGCCGUCGUCGUCGUCGUCGUCGCCGGACGCCCAAGACGGCGGCGGCGGCGGCGGCGGCGGUGGACGUGGACAUGGACGUAAUCGUGGUCGUGGUCAUCCUCGCCGCAUCGGCAACAUCGGCGCGCCGUUCCCGACCGUCAUGGCCUUCAUCACCAGUCCGGACGGCGAGGCCCUGGUCCCCUACGGCGCCGUCGGCGAGCUCUGCAUCGCCGGACCGCAGGUCACUCAGGGCUACAUGAACCGGCCCGACCUGACGGACGCGGCCUACGUCGAGAGCCAGCACCUCGGGACGCGCAUCUACCGGACGGGCGACCUGGCCCGGUGGCUGCCCGGAGGCGAGAUCGAGUGCCUGGGCCGCAAGGACAACCAGGUCAAGGUCCACGGCCACCGCAUCGAGCUCGGCGAGGUCGAGAACGCCGUCCGCCGCUCCGGCCUCGUCCGAGACACGGUGGCCGUGGUCGCCAACGUCCACGACAAGACGCACCUCGUCGCCCUGUGUAUCUUUGACGAGGCCGUCGCCGCUGCCGCCCUCGACGACGAGGGCGACAACGAUGGUGACUUCGUCGGGUCCGGCGACGGCGUCCAGGACCCGGCGCCCUUCCGGGCCUCCGUGGCCGCGCUGCGGGAGAGCCUGGGCUCGCUCGCGACGUACAUGAUCCCCAAGUUCGUCAUCCCCAUGAAGACGUUCCCCAAGCUGCCGUCGCGGAAGGUCGACCGCAAGGCCCUGAAGAAGACGGUCGACGCGCUCGGGCGGGAGUACUUGGCGCAGUGCGUCCUCGAGAGCCCCUCCUCCGGCGAGGAACACGAGGUCGUCCCCGUGCAGACGCCGGCCGAGGAGACGCUGGAGCAGGUCUGGGCCGACAUCUUUGGCGUCUCGACGAGCCACAUCGGACGCGAGGCCAACUUCUUGACCCUCGGCGGCGACUCCAUCUCGGCCAUUAGUCUGACGGGCCAGCUGCGGCGGGUCGGGUACUCUCUAACGGUGCUUGACAUCCUCAAGUCUCCCAGGCUGAAGGACAUGGCGGCUGCUCUCAAGACGCUGGACGUUGGGAAGUCGGUCGCGAAGAGAGUCUUUGAGGUUCCCGAGACCGUCAAGACGGCGUCCGAAGAAAGGGGGUUGAUCUGGGAUGAAGAUGUCGAAUAUGCAUACCCAUGCCCGCCGGGUCAGGCCGAGUUCCUAGAGCAGGGCAGCCGAGAAUCACAGAUGUGGGCGCUGCAGACGGUCCGUCGUAUGACGCCCGAUGAUGUCGACCCGGAAACCUGGAUUGAGGCGACGACUCGUCUCACUGAAGUCAACGACAUCCUGAGAACGACGUGGAUCAGAACAUCCUCCCCCCCCUCUUCUUCUUCUUCUUCUUCUUCUUCUUCCUCUUCUCCUACUGAAGACAACUGGGUUGGAGUCGUCCUUCGCAGCUCCCAACUGAACCUCACCAGAGUGGCUCUCGAGUCGGAACAAGAAGCCUCGGACUUUAUCGAAGACUUCUGGCAGACGCGGUUCGAGUUUGGCCGCUCCUUCAUCAAGUACGCCGUCAUCACGCACUCCGACUCCUCCUCGUGGGACCUCGUCAUCAAGAUGGACCACGCCGUGUACGACGGGACCCUGUUCCGCGUCUUCGAUGACCACUUCGGCGCCAUCCUCCGUGGGAAGACCGUGCCGCCGCCGCCCGUCCCGUUCCGCGACUUUACCCAGCACGUCUUCCAGGAGGACAAGACGGCGUCUCUGGACUUUUGGAGAUCCAAGAUGGCCGGCCUGGGCCCCCUCGACCAGCGCCUCCACGGCCGAGACCUCGCCGCGCUGGCCUCGCCCAAGAUCACGAGCAGCCUGCGGAGGGAAAUCGACACGGCCAACAUCGACCAAGCGGCCGGCAGGCUCGGCGUGACGCCCAGCGUCAUCUUCCAAGGCGCCUUCACCCUCUGGCUGGCGGCGGCGACGGGCAUGGCCGACGUCCGCUUCGACUACCUCCUCAGCGGCCGCAACGUGGCGCUGCCGGACCCCCAGUCCAUCAACGGCACGCUGGCCAACUUCCUGCCCUUCAGGACGCCCGUCCGCCCGGAGCAGACGGUGCGCGGGCUCCUGACGGACCUGCAGGACGACUUCUGGGCCGUGACGGAGAACGGCCUCGUCGGGCUCGACGACGUCUACCGCGCCUCGGGCCUGUCGCGCGGCGAGCACGGCAACCGGGUGUUGUUUCUGUCGCAGCCGUUCGAGCCGGCGGCCAGGGACGACCCCAACGGCCGAUACCGGUGGCUCGUCAUGGCCAAGUCCUGGGUGCGCAUGUACCAGCCGUACGCGCUGGUCGUCGAGGUCUCCAAGUCGCUCGGCGACCGCCACGUGCUCAAGGUCAUGUACGACGGCGCCGUGUUCGACGCGGCCGCGGCGGAGAGGAUCGCGGACGACAUCACGGCGCUCAUCGGGGUGCUCUCGGACGGAGAGAUGAGCGGUGUGGCACUUGAGGCGUUGUAG